CCUUCCUCUUCCCCCCGUGUCGUCGCCGCAACGCACCCAAAACCCUAACCCUAGAACCCGAUCCGCUUCUCCCUCGUCGUCCUCCGCGGCGGCGGCGAAGGCGACGAUGACGACGAGGUUGAAGAAGAACCGGAAGAAGCGGGGCCACGUGAGCGCGGGGCACGGGCGCAUCGGGAAACAUCGGAAGCACCCCGGGGGCCGCGGCAACGCCGGGGGGAUGCACCACCACCGCAUCCUCUUCGACAAGUACCACCCCGGCUACUUCGGCAAGGUCGGGAUGCGCUACUUCCACCGCCUCCGCAACAAGUUCCACUGCCCCACCCUCAACGUCGACCGCCUCUGGUCCCUCGUCCCCGACAACGUCGCCUCCGCCGGCGCCGGCGCCGGCGCCGAGGGUGGUGGCGGCGCAGCCGCGGCCCCCAUGAUCGACGUGACGCAGUUCGGGUACUUCAAGGUGCUCGGGAAGGGGAUGCUGCCCCCGAACCGCCCCGUCGUCGUCAAGGCGAAGCUCGUGUCGAAGAUCGCGGAGAAGAAGAUCAAGGCCGCUGGCGGGGCUGUCGUCCUCACCGCCUAGGGUUAGGGUUUCUCGAUCCGUCUCCCCCUCUUUUUUUUUCGGUUCGAAAGCUUAGAUUUUGCUACUUGUUUCGUAUCUUUUUUUGCUAGUAAUUUGUGUUCGGGAUGUUUGCAAUUGGAUUGAUGUUGGAGUUUUAGUGCUUAAAUACAUACGGAGAUCAAUUUGUUUCUUACAAUGAUAUUAAUGUCAAAAUUAAAUUUUGGAUGGGAAUUAGAAAA